AUGCUCUUGACGGAGGUUCCUGAGGGCACAUCUGAAGCGCAAUCGCCUAUACGAGAUGCGUUCAAGUUCUCCGUAGAUUUGAUUACGAGUGCGAACCCCGAGGCGCACAAUUUCGGACCCAUGUGA